UGAAGAAUUACCAUUUAUAGGUUUAAAUGAGGAAGCAUUAAUAAUAUUGCUGCGUUCUUGAUUAGAGUGAAUAUUUGUGAAAAUGAAUUUAUUUGUCUAUUGGAUUAUGUUUGUGGUAUAUUCUAUAUCCUUGCAUUUUUACUAUACUGCUGCAAGGAGAAACACAGGUGAUUGUCUUCAAACAAAUUUCCUUCUAGUGAGAAUAGGCUGGCGAUUUGAUUCCAGUUGCACCAAAACUAGAACGGUUUGGAAUGUAAACUUAGCGGAUUGCCUUACAUUAGUUUGUGGUAUCGGCAAUGUUGUACUCUACAAACAAUAUUUACAUGGCGACCAAUAUAUAUGUUCUGUUCAUAAAUGUGAGUCUAAUCAAGAUGGAACCGAUUGGGCUUAUGGAUGGCAACAAGGCUGGGAGUUGUAUAGGCAAACCAAAGCUUAUGCCAUACCAUACACUUCUACACCAACAUACAGUUUAACAUCAAAGACAACCAAGGCUAAAUACAGCGUGUCCUCACAUGUAACAACACAGAAAACAAUUUUAAAUACAUCAACCGAAAAAUUAAUGAACACCAUAACAACUGAAACAAUGGCGAUGAAUUUUGCAAAUGUUACAAAAGAUACCACUUCAAUACUUUACGAAAAUCAAACGGAAGAGAAAAUACACAACCAAGAUUUUAAAAUUAUUGCAAUCGUAAUGAGUGCAUCAACGGGAAUACUCUUGGUAUUGAGUGCAGUAAAAGCAUUACAUGUAAUUACACGUAGAUUGCGGAGAAGACAAAUUGCAUCCAGGGUGGUUUCCUUAUUUUCACAACCUUCAUCUUGGGACUUUUCUGUAGGGAGCUCUUCAGAUCUUUCAAAUGUUACUUCUUCUGGAGAUUCUCCUUACCAAACAAUUGAUGAAUCCAAGAUGCUUCACUAUCACCAUCAAUUUGGAAUUAGCAACACAAAGGAAACAGAUUGUUUACAAAGUAUACAACAAGAACUGGCAGACACAAACAUUUGAAAUUUUAACUCCUUGAUGCCUGCCACUUUUUGAUGGACAAAUGGUAAACUAUACUCAAAACAGCAAUUCAAAUGUGAUUCA